CAAAAAACUUUUUGAUAUCUCGCAUUCUGGCAAGUCUACCUGUGCAUCAAUCCACCGUCUCCAGUUCUUCUGUGGGCCUUUUCCUUGCAUUUCCAGAGCAAUUGCGCAACCUACUUUCUAAUCUCAAUUGGUUACCAGCAUCUAAUGAGAUUGUAGAUGGCCCUAUUAAACUGAAAACAGUUACGCCGACAGCAGUAUCAACAACGGGUCAAUCUCUUCCCGAGACUCUAAUCGACUCUCAACAUGAAGCUGAGCUUUCUUCUGCUCCAAAAACGACCUUCGAUUUUGUAAAGCCGACACAAAUUCUCCUACUUGACGGAAAUAGCGAGACGCGCGCUCUGUUAAAUUUAAUUUGCAGCAAUCUCCCAGCACUUACAUUAUCUAUAGUCGUAUCGAGCCUAUCAUUGGCUCUUCUUGACUGUGACCUCUUGCAUGAAGCCAAUUCACCUGCUCGACCCCAAUCUAAGGCCGGCAUUCUCACCGCUCAAGUUCUUAAAUAUGUGGCCCUUUUAACUCGACUGAUUUUUUCGUGGGCCCCAUCUUUCUUUUGGUUGCUGGCUCAUGCUCUACGGUCCCACCACUGCGCUCUAUGCUUGCCUCUAUAUCAAAUAUUUGCCGCAUCAGAUAGGCCGUGGCAACUCUCGCUGUUCGGUGAGAUUCAACUCGGAACUAUCCCAGCUCAGGAGUGGGUUGUUCGUCUCCUUAUGUCUCGACUUGGCAUGCGCAAACCACAUCCUUGUCUCUUAGUCGGUGAGCCUGAGCGGGAUACAGAAGCUCUCAGCGAUGGGGAGUCAAUGGCUUCCCAAGUCAUAUCAGGGACUUUGAGCCUUGAAACGUCAGACGCUCUACAACGUCGUCGACUAUUAUCGGCUAAACAUAUUCGCUUUGAUGCAUUGGUAUGGCUAGGUGCACGAACUCUUUCAACAGAAGCUCUGCUUGAUCUUGCCCGGCAGCUGACAGAAAGUGAAUUUAUUAUCCAUAUUUUAUUCUUAGAAUCUAACUAUAUUAGAUGUAUUCCUUGGUUUAGCUACAGUGACACUUUUAUGUAUGAUACUAUUCUUUGGGUAGUGUAA